CCUACUUGUGAUUCCUUGUACCUCCCUCCUCGUCCCACCUCCAGACAAUCUAUCAAGCCAACACCCAAGUUCUUCAAGCCUGGAUUCACAGAUACUAUACAACAUGUCGCCAUCAACACCUAAAUAUUCCUGGACCGUGCUCGGGGCCCUGGCACUUCUGUCCGUCUCUACUGUUUACGCGCAACCAAUCCGGGAAUCAACGACGCAAGAUCAAGCCCAGCCUAUGCCUGCUGUGCUUCCACGCGAUCCGAGACUUAUCCCCGAUACCGAACAUUACCUAUCCGAAGUUUUUGACCUACUCGGUGUCUCUGUGCCAACCACCACAACUUCAAUUCCGACAGAAACACCUACCGAGACAACUGUAGAAACACCUUCCUCCACUGGCGUCCACGGCCCCUUUGUCAAAGCUGAGCACGGAGUACCGACAAACCUCGACGCGACACCGGUCAUCAGUAGCGACGGCGUUAUGUACUCGUCUACUGUCAAACACGAAUCCGGUGAGCCAGUCGCAAACAUUGACAUUGGACCUGGCUGGCACGGGGGAAAGAAGUUGUCCGCUUCCGACCUGCCGUUUAUCUUUGCUGCUGUAGAGACGGAGCUUGCGUCUCAAUGGCGGAAUGUGAUUGAUAGCGCUGAUGAGCUUGGACUGCACGAAACGUUUCCGCUUUGA